AUGGAGGCAACAAUUGGGUUUAGACCUUCUUAUACAUGGAGAAGCCUCAGUUCAGCAAUUAAUCUUGUUAAAGAUGGCACGAUUUGGAGAAUUGCUAAUGGGGAAGAUGUAAUGAUAUGGCAAGACAAGUGGAUUCCUACUACUGAAUCUGGUUAUCUAAGGUCUCCAGUGAAAUCUUUGUCAAUAAAUGCAAAAGUGUCUGAGCUCAUUGAUCCAGGUACAAAGUGGUGGAAUUUACAAAUGCUCAAGAAUAUUUUAUGGGAAGAGGAUGUGCAACAGAUUGUAAGGAUUCCUGUAGCACAGACUAACAUUUCAAGAGAUAAGAGGGUAGAAGAAACUCCAGCUCAUGUUCUGUGGGAUUGCCCUUCUGCACAGGAUGUGUGGAUGCUUGGAAGUAAGAAGUUUCAGAAAGCUGCAUUUACUCAUAAAGAGUUUGGUGAGAUUUUUAUGCACAUGUUUCAGAGACUAGGUAAUUCAGAAAUCUCCUUAUUUGCAGAAAUAACAAAAAUGUUAUGGAUGAGAAGGAACAAAUUGAUUUUUGAAGAUAGCUUCACAACCCCUUCCAUUCUGAUGAUGAGAGCAACACAGGAGUUCAAUGAUUUUCAGCAGCUAUGUACUAAACAACUCAACUCCAGAAACCAUGAUAGAAUGGCCCAAACAGAUUUAGUUUAUUGGCAACCUCCAGACACAGAUUGGAUAAAAAUAAAUUGGGAUGUUGCUGUCAGAGAAAGAGGAAACAGACUUGGAGUUGGGAUAGUAGUUAGAGACUCGGAGGGAGAUAUUCUGGCUUCAUACAUGCAACCACUACAUUUUUGCUCACAAGCUGAAAUAGCAGAAGCCAGAGGGUUAAUUUCAGCUGUCAAGUUGUGUAAGGAGCUGAGUCUGCAAAGAGUAAUCUUUGAAGGGGAUUCAUUGCAGGUUGUUAAUGCUGUGAAACAAAAUGCUCAGAGUUAUGGUAUGCUGCAAUGUACCGUGAAUGAUGUGUAUUUGAUCUUGGCUGGUAUUACUUGGAAGAUUUCACAUGUUAAAAGGGAUGCAAAUCAAGUGGCUCAUUUGCUAGCACAAAAAGCUCUUCUGCAGAGUUGUGAGCUUAUGGAUGUUGAUUGUAUAAACCCUGAUAUCACUGAUCUGGUUUUGGCUGAGAAGCAUAGAGCAGGUUUUGGUACAAGUGGGUUUGCAGCAGCACAGUCGCAUUUUAAUGUCAUAAACUUUUGUCAUGAACAGCUAGUUUCUAAUCUUGCACUCUUAGAUCUUAAUGCUGUAAAUUAUGGUAGUGGAGAGUAUGCUCCUGACUUUUUCAUUGUAAUGGCUGAAGGCCAUAGUAUUAGUUGA